CACUACAAUUGAUCCCUCUCGCUGCUCCUGCAACCUUCUUAAAAACACUACGAACACCUGUUUAGCCAUCCUCCGCCGGAACUUCCUCCAACUUGCUGUCUCAUGCGCAUCUACAGUCGCCGCCUCACUGCCCCUUAUGCUCAACCAUGGAGCCAGCGCAGAAUAACCCAUCAGUCUAUCUAAGUGAUCAGGCCGACCUGGUCCUGGUGGUCCGCAAUACGGACGGAUCCAAGGUCCGGUCCUUCCUCGUCUUUUCCAGCAUGCUUCGCCAUGCGUCACCCUAUUUUGAGACACUGCUCAGUCCAAGAUUCGAAGGCCGGCAAUUACGUGAGGCCCAGAAGGAGGGCUCACAAUUGGCUAUUCCAGGGAUAACACUCGAGGAAGAUGAUGUGGAGGCAAUGGAUUUCAUCUUCAGUUGCGUUCAUUUCAGAGCAGAGCGAAUCCCAAGGAAGUUGACCGCGGAGAGCAUUGCAAAUAUUGCAAUCCAGUCAGACAAGUACGACUUCAACGGGGCCUUGAUCGGCUGGAUCAACUGUUGGUGCGAUGCCAACAACUUCCCGCAGGAAAAUGGCACGACAGCCAGAGACAUGGGCUACGGUCUGUUGGCAGCAUAUCUGUUCCGAUCGCCAGCAUUUUCAACCAUGUCAGCACGCUACGCACAUGACCUUCCCCCCGAUUUUCGUCAGAUCUGGAGGGAGUAUAAGAUUCUGUCAAGGCUACCCGAGGCUCUCAAAGGUAUUUAUUACGGUUGUCCGUGUUUUCUUGGAGCAGCUACUAAGAACAGCCCACAUUAGUCGAGCUCGAACGGCAGGUCAAAGAUACCCAACGCGCAAUUCAUCGAAAUGUCCUUGGCCUGGUUGAGUUCCUUUUCAUGCAAGCUAAACACGACUUAUUGCCGGACCUGCAAUUUGACAUACAGAGGUACUUCACGGCACUCGAAGCACUCGGACUCUGGCCUG